AUGAACCUUAAUAAAAUGGAGGAAAGUGGUUCGAGUUAUACCCCCCGAGUUUGCAGGUUAUGUUUAGCCCCAACAGCCACAACUUUUUCCUUAGUUGAAAGUAACGAAAUCUCGGGGAUGCUGGAAGCUUUAACGUCCCUACGAAUUUUACCGUCAGACGAAAUCUCGACUGUGAUGUGUCUAAAAUGCCACCUCAAUCUCAAACUCGCGUUUGCCAUUCGGCAGAAAAUGGUAACCGCGGAGCAACGAUUUCAGCGACGCGUAUUACAAUCCAUAAAAACAGAAACUAAUGAAAAUAAUAUCAAACAAACUGAAAAAGUCUUCACUUGUGAUAUCUGUGGUAAACAGAAACAUUCAAAGAAGCAAUUAAGAGUGCACAAGUACAGCAACCACGAACAAGUUGAAUGUUCCUUAUGUAAGAAACAAAUCCGAAAAGGGUACAUUCGUGAACACAUCAAGAUGCACGAGCGAAAAACGCAAGGAGACGGACAAAUCCCCGUUUUUCAAGAGUUUGCGUGCGAUAUUUGCGGCACGUGGAAAUCCUCAGAGGCUGCUUUACGCAAGCACAAAAAUUACUGUCACGUGGAACGGGAUUGCCCGGUUUGUUUGAAAAAAAUCAAACUUGCUAAUUAUAAUCGCCACUUGUUUCAAGUGCAUGGGAUCAAAGUGGAGCGACUUGAACCAGAGAGGGCGCUCAAACCACCCACAAAAAAAGAGUACACUUGUUAUAUCUGUGGUGGGAAAAAGGCGUCUAAAACGAGUUUGUACAAUCACACAUUUACCGCCCACAGAUCUAGUGAGUGUCCCGUAUGUAAAAUGAAAAUCAAGACUGCCAACUUAACGCUUCACAUUGAACGCCAUAAAAUAGACUUGAACGAGACUUCUGACUUGAAAUUUAAAUGUAACUUUUGUGAUAAAGAGCUCUUAAGCAAGCCUGCGUUGACGAGACACGUGCAUACUAGUCAUUCCCGGAGCGAGUGUCCUAUUUGCAAAAAAAACCUGUCGUCGUCGAACUUGAAUCACCACAUCCGUCGUCACGCUAGAGCCACCACAGUUUGUGAAGUCUGUGGACUCACUGUGAAAACCAUAGACAUAAAAUACCACAUGAUGUGUCACUCAUCAGUCGUCUACAAGUGCGACUUCUGUGACAAAGAAUUCAAACGCAAAAAUAACAAAGUUUUGCACGAAAGGAGAGAACACAAAGGUGAGGCGAAUUUCGUGUGCGAGACCUGCGGCAAGAGAUUUUAUUCAGCCCCGUAUUUAAAGCGACACAUUUCAGCUAUACACUUAAAACUAAAACCGUUUGCUUGCAAUAACUGCGAUUUGAGUUUUUCAACUAGAAAUUCGUUGAGAACGCACAGCAGGCAACACACUGAUGAAAGACCCUACAAGUGUGAUUAUUGUGGUGAAGGGUUCAAACAAAAGGUGUCGCUGAAGUCGCACUUGAGGUCGCAGCACGACGUCCACGAAGAACUCACCUGCGAAUGCGACACUUGUGGGAAAAAAUUUGCUUCAAAGUGGGCUUUAUUGACGCAUAGUAGAGUGCAUAGUUAGAUUGCGGCUAGGCAACCAGUA